CCCCUGGCCAGCUGCACUCCAGUUUCCCUGCAGGAGCUCAUUAAUUCCGUGUGUGUUCUGGGAAGCUUUCCACCGCUCCGGAGGCUUGGCGGAGUCCCUGCAAUGCUGCAUCUCCUCCCAGCCUCUGAAAUACCCUCUCGGAGCUAACUGCAUGUGACAGAGGAGCAAGGAAAUUGCUGCAAUGAAGCCGCGAGAACCAGGACCGGGGAAGCACCAAGUCGGUACAAGCGGCCCGGCAUCCACAGCUGCGAUGCCGGGGUCUCGCCGCCCUGCGCUGCUCCUGGGGUUGCUGGGGCUCUUAGGCCUGCCAGCUGCUGCCGGUGACUGUGGGCCUCCACCCCGCGUGACCCAUGCCAAGCCGUCCAGCGCCAACCUCACCGGCAGCUUCCCUGUUGGAUCCAAGGUGACAUAUACGUGCCUCGAGGGCACCAUCAAACUCCCCGGGAGGUCGGACACUGUGGAGUGCCUGCCUGGUCCUCGCUGGUCGGAGCUGCCCGAGCUCUGCGACCGCAGCUGCGCUACCCCCACGAGGCUGCGGUUCGCUGCCCUGGCCGAGAAGGACCGGUGGAGGAAUUUCUACCCCGUUGGGAUCACCGUCAGCUACUUCUGCCGCCCCGGCUACGAGAACAUCACGGAGAGCUCUCCCACCAGCACAUGCCUUCAAAAUUUAACGUGGUCACAAGCUCCCGAGCUAUGCAAGAAGAAAUCCUGCGGCGACCCGGGAGCACUGCCCAGGGGCAGAGCGGUUCCGCUAACAGACUUUCUGUUCGGCGCGAGGGUGAACUUGUUCUGCGAAGACGGGUACAAAUUAAGUGGGAGGCAUUUCAUCCAAUGUCAGCUUAAAGGAGACGAUGUUGAAUGGAGUGAACUUCCAACUUGCGAAUUAAUUACCUGCUCCCCACCUCCUCAAAUUAUCAAUGGAAAGCAUGAUGGUGAAGGUGUAGAAAAAUUUGCUUAUAACUCAACAGUGGCUUACAACUGUGAUUCUGGCUUCCAACUCAGUGGAAACGUUUCCAUUCAUUGUACAAGCACAGAUAAAAUAAACGGAGUCUGGAGUGGAGCUGCGCCUGAUUGUAAAGAGAAAAGAACAUCUGUCAAACUUGGAUCAAAAGAAAUGCAAAAGAGUCCUGCUCUCAAAGAUUCUUAUGGCUACAGCAUCCAAGCAUCUAAGAAGGCUUUCAAAAAGGAAAUGAAAAUCAGCCUCUAUAAAAAGUCACUCCAAAAUACCAUCUCCUUCUCCCAUUCUUCUUCAUUCUCCAGGGCACCAGGUAAUUGUGUUACCUCCGCAUUGAGAUUUGUUGUACCUUUGUAUAAAAGCCAAAAUUACUACUACCCUGGAGGCAGCCAAAGAUCUCUAUGUGCCCCGAAGUACAUGGGAAUUUCUGGCAUUCUACCCCAGGCUGGUUGCUUUGAAAACCUAAAGUGGUCAAAAGUUCCAGCACUUUGCGGAACAAGAUCAUGGGCAGCCAGGAGAACCAGAACAUGGCAGAAGUGCUGCUACAGCAGAUUUCCAAUUCGUUGCAAAGGAAUAUUUUACCCGUAAAAUGGAAGACCGUGUCAAAUAAGCAGCUUGGUUUAUGAUCUAAAACCAGCUGCACCAUGAGAAAUGACACUUCGCCUUGUACUUCAGGGACUCAGCUCUACUCCCCCAAAACAGGAGCCCUAUGAAAUCAGCAUGUCAGUGCCAGGAGGCUGGAGCAAGUGAUGUGAAAAGGGAAAAGUGGAACAAUGCCUGAAAACUCCCUCCAGUAUUUGAGGGAGGAAAUGGCUUGGACAUUUCUGAAAUCCAGUGCUAAAACACCCCCCCAAAACUAGGUGGCUUUCUCCUCCUUUGAAAUUCUGGCAAGAAUCUGCAAGCAAAAAGCUUCACUCUCCUUGAAACUAUGGCUAGGCUAAUCUUGGUGGGAAUACUCUUCCCCUUGGACUGCUCGUAUGGCCCCUGGGACACAUGAUGGCAACCACACGGAGAGAUUUGUCUGCAGCUUCGAAGCAGUUUAUUUGUGUUGUGGCUUCUCUCCUCCGAUGACACCACGACAGAAGGACGCCAGUGGAGGAAACGCUGAAAGGAGGCACUUGCGGUUGACUUGCGGGGUUGCAAAACAGCUGUCACGUGCUCUAAGACGCUGCUGCUCUUCCUGCCAUCUCACUGUAAAUGUAACGAUGACUAAGAAAGCAGUUCAGUGUGGUCCUAGCUAAAUAUAUUGUUCUCUUUCUAAGAAAGAUAGCACUGUGAGCACAAACGAUACAAAACCAUCCCCAUGUUCUGUUUGCAAGGUGCCCCGUGCAACGGUCAUGCUUGUUAGGACUCUUAAACUUUGCUUCCAGAGAAGAAGUGAGAUCAGAUCUGUCUCAUGUACACAAAUAACAUGUAUUUGUUUUUAAUUGUAGUAUGUUUUAAAAUUCCGAGAAAUUGGCUGAAAAUUACUUGCCUAAGAGUUAGUUGUUUCCCAUAGCUGCUUCUCCCACCUGAGAUUUUCUCUCUCUCAGUAGUUUCCCUCUAACAUCGCAGGCUCAGGU